AGGGUUCAAAGGUAGCAGGCAGCAGUAACCAGCGCCACCAGGUAUGCAGAGUUACUGGACGGGACCCAGACCCAGAUCUCCAGCAAUGGGUUUCUCAGUUCCCUGGACAGCAGCCAUUCAGAUGCUGGUGCUAGCGCUGGCCGUCCAUUCCACUGCAGGUAACAGCCAUAAACCAUUGAUUGUCCUGGACAAUUAUGAGGACAAUGGGAUCAGAGUCACCUGUUUUUCUGAGAGGAAGUUUUCUGAUGUGCAGUUGUUGUGGACAGACAGUAAAGGACACAAUCUUACUGGAAGUCCAACCUCCGACACAGAUGAGGCUCGUGCCAAAAGUUCGAUCCUUCUGAAAUCAGGAUCUGACAAUGCCAUCUCCUGCAACAUAAUUGAUAACGUGCUAAAGACCUCAAACGAAUCUACAGUUGUAAUUGCAGAUGUUUUCUUCCCUGCCACCUCCCCGUGGAUGACGGCCUUCAUUGUGAUAUUGCUGAUUAGCAUAGCCCUGGUUAGCGCUGCGAUUUAUAAGCUGAAAAAAAACAAUGAAACAACUGCUCUGGCUGUAAAUGACAAGAAAGCCAUCGAAGACG